GUUCAGUGCAGUAGAAUCGGGUGUCAUCGACGGUUCGUGGAUAGACGACGUUCACCUUCGCGACCACGACAACCCGGACACGGAUUUCUGGAGAACGCGUGGACGUUUUUACGCUCCGGGGCAAGAUGAUUGCUUGGAUCGUUCUGAUUUUGGUGGGCCUGUCGACAGCGGGGCCACCUUAUCGGAUAUCCGUGCACGAAUUGCUACCACCGCCGCCAUGGGACUCGAGCCAAACGGAAGGGGACGUGGAGAUUAUUGGUAUUCCUCCAUUCCAAAGGGGCGCCGUCGAGAGUCCGCCGAUGAUCGACAACUCGAUAGAUUCACCCGUCACUCACGAAGAAUAUGGAUCGCAGAGAUUCCCUCUGCGCGACGCUGUCGAGUCUUUGCCCUCGAACGCCAUCCUUAUCCACGGCGGAAGCCUGCCCCUGCAGGACAUCAGAGAGCCUGACGGUCGAGUGCCUUUGAGGGACGCGGUGGAGCAUCGGGAAACUCCUCCUUUCUUCGAUACCGUUCAGCAUGAGUCGAUCUGGAUCGAACCUCUGGCUCCGCCAACCCUCACGAGGACGCAGCAAAUCCUUGAUCCUAAAGUGGUGUGUCAUUUGGACUCCAACGCCGUCCAUAGGACGGAGCCGUUCUCUUUGUUUCCGCAAUCGGUGCCGGAUCACAAGUGCACCCAUCUGGUCUACACUGCGGCCACAUUAGAUCAGGAGAGACUAGUCGUUGUUUCAAGGGACCGCGAAUACAACGAAAUCAAAGGUGGAUACAAGGCGGUAACGGGACAUCGAUCAAGGAACCCGUCGUUGCGAGUGUUGAUCUCGAUCGCGCCUCCAAACAGAGGAAAAUUGUUUAUCGAGGCAACCAAGAACCAUUGCACCCUCCAUUGCGAGAAGCUGGCGAAAUCUGUGUUGAGCUUCCUCAAGGAACACGACCUGGACGGCGUAGAGAUCGACUGGGAAAGUUCGUCGGAGCAUUCGAACGAUCUGAAGCUGUUGCUCAAGAUCCUCAGGAGAACGCUCGCCGAUCACGAGUACAUUCUAGCUGUAGCCCAGAGGCCCGAAGAUCGGGUGGAUCGAGAGAUCGCCGCCGUUGUCGAUUUGAUCUUCUUACGAGCGUGGAGGGAGACUCCGCCGUUCAGAAGGGAGAAAUUGGCGCUCCAUCCGGCGCCGUUGAAUUACGUGGCUCGAGUGACGAACAAAUGGCUCGAUCGAGUUCCCCGGGAGCAUAGAUCGAAGAUAGUUCUUGGACUACCGAUAUUCGGCCAGGGCUACACGAUGAAGUUUGGGAACUUCACCGACGCCAGAGCACCCAUCGCCGGGCCAGGUGUCGAGGACGCUUACGCUAAGCAGAUGAAUGGGAGAUUGGCUUAUUACGAAGUCUGCGAGAAAUUAGAAGAUGGGCAAUGGAUAUCUGGCCGGGACGAGGAGGGACCGUACAUAAAACGCGGAGAUCAAUGGAUCGGUUACGAUGAUCCUCUGGCAGUGAAGAUUAAAGUGGCGUAUGUUCGAUCGACUGGAUUAGGUGGAGUUUCCCUGUGGUCCGUAGAUCUGGACGAUUUUCAGGGUAUUUGUGGGAAUCCGUGGCCAAUGUUGAACGCUGCAACCGAGUCGAUAGGAUUCUACGAUGAGACACAGGUGAAGAAAUGUUCCGCGGAUGGCCUCUUCAGCGAUCCUGACAACUGCUCCGGUUUCUACUCCUGCCACGAAGGCAUGCAGCACCAUGGUUACUGCGGAUACGGAAGAUUUUUCAGCCCCGUCGACAAUUGUUGCGUGAAGGCGUCACCGGAAGUUUGUAAGCCCGGACAGAACGAUCGAAUUCACGAACAGAAUUUACACACGGGUCUACAAGAAACGCAGGAACUGGAGCAUUUGGAGAUCUCCACGAACAAAGGACCACGCGUUGUAUGUUACGUGACCUCGUGGUCACUGUACCGCAAAGGGGAUGGAAUGUUCGUUCCAGAACGUUUGGAUCCGCGUCUGUGCACCGAUGUCAUUUAUGCAUUCGCCGGUUUGAAUCCGGACACGUUGCUGCUUCAACCGUUCGACCCGUGGGCGGACAUAGAACACAAUCUCUACCAGCGUAUAACGUCGAUCGAAGGACCGAGGAUACUAUUAGCCAUCGGGGGUUGGACGGACAGCACCGGUGAUAAGUAUUCGCGACUGAUAAGCAGCGGCGCCGCGCGUCGUAAAUUCGUCGCCGCGGCGAUAAACUUUCUGCAAAAGCACAACUUCGACGGGUUUUCGAUCGAGUGGAACUAUCCAAAAUGUUGGCAGAGCGACUGUAGGAAAGGCCCGGACUCGGACAAGCCGAAUUUUACGAAGCUGUUGCAAGAACUCAGGAAGGAAUUCGACCAGCAGGAGCCUAAGCUCACGCUGGCGGUCGCUCUGUCCGGAUACAAAGAGGUCAUCGAUAGAGCGUACGAGGUGCACGAGAUCUCCAAACUAGCAGACUUCGUGUCCGUCAUGACGUACGAUUAUCAUGGCGCUUGGGAGUCGAAGACGGGACACUUGUCGCCAUUGUUUGGGAGUUCUACCGACACCAAUCCGUAUUACAAUGUAAAUUCUACAAUGGAGUACCUUGUACAACUCGGCGCAAGAAGGUCGAACCUCUUGGUAGGCAUACCUCUUUACGGCCAAGCUUAUCGACUGUCCAGCGAGGACCUGACCGACCUCGGUGACCCAGCGUCUGGGCCCGGGAUCUCAGGAGAAUUCACGAGGCAGCCUGGCAUGUUGGCAUAUUACGAGAUCUGCGACAGACUGAAGAACAAGAGAUGGAAACACGGAGUGGGGCCAAGCGCCUAUUUGAGGGACCAGUGGGUGGGCUACGACGAUCAAGAGAGCAUCUACGCGAAGGGACAACAUAUAUUGCAAAGCGGUUACGGAGGAGCUGCAAUGUGGACCGUGGACUUGGACGAUUUCUUGAAUCACUGUUGCGCGGAGUCCUUUCCUCUGUUGAAGACCAUCAACCGUGCGUUAGGACGUUUGAAGACUAAAGCUACCGAGGGUUGUCAACGACCAUCGGAGCCAGUCACGCCACAACCGCCAACGUUGACGACUCACAGCGACGCCGUGGAGGACACUCCGCGACCCACUGUUGCCAUGACGAAACCAACAUCGACUCCGAGACCGAGCACGACGACCCAAAGAACAACGUGGCCGAGUUGGUCUCAGAAACCGAGCACAACGACCCAAGGAACCACCUGGCCCAGCUGGUCUUGGACUCUAUCGACGAGCAAACGACCAGAGUCUACCACGCAGAGCAGCACUACUGCGUGGACUCAACCGACGAGCGUUUCCUGGGCCUGGACGUCGACCAAACCGCCCAGCGAGAAGCCAACCCCAGAGAUCACGGAAUCCACAGAAGGGCCACACGUUUCCACGAAACCAGGGGCGUUUUGUUCGAUUGGAACGUACCUACCAGAUCCUUCUAAUUGCGGCAACUACUAUAGAUGCGUGUUAGGUGAAUUAAAACGCGAACAAUGCGCGCCUGGACUGCACUGGGACGCUCGUCGAGGUAUCUGCGACUGGCCUGCCGCUGCAAAAUGUCAAACAGGCAAUAAUUCUGCGACAAAGAAACCAUCAUGGACCACUACCAUGAAGAGCACCACGUCGAGGCCGACCACGUCGAGACCGAUCACGUGGUCCACUUCACGAGCCACCACGACCACUCAGAGACCGAUCACCACAGAAAAUCCCAACGGAAGACCGGAGAAGACUUGCGAACACGGCCAGUAUUACGCUUACCCGAACUCUUGCACGAACUUUCUGGUGUGCGUGAACGGAAACCUGGUCCCGCAGCAGUGUGGGCCAGGCCUGAACUGGCACAAUGAGAGAAGCAUGUGCGAUUGGGCCUUCAAAAAUCCCUGUGUCGAGAAGCCAAUGAAGAGCGCCUCGAUCGUGGCAUCGGGCUCCAAGUCCAACGCAUGCAUUCCUGGCAGCUACACGAAUGUCCCUGGCGACUGUGAGAGUUACAGAGCUUGCCUAUGGGGUCGUCACGAAGUGUUCCACUGCGCUCCAGGGCUGCACUUCAACAAGCAAACUCGUAUAUGCGACUGGCCCGCUCGUGCUAAUUGCAAGAACGAGUUAGACGAGCCCGAGGUCGAAGAUUCGUCACCGUCCGGUACCAAACCUGUCGACAAACCAAUUUCCACCACCACCGAGAAACAAUGGGAGCCGAGUACCACUCAAGCCACCACCAUCGCUACCACCUUGCCGUCCGUAGAGAUAGAUCCUGACCAAGUGUCCCCGCUGUCUGGAUAUUACAAAGUCGUAUGUUACUUCACCAACUGGGCCUGGUAUCGACGGGGUAUCGGAAGGUAUCUUCCGGAGAAUAUCGAUCACACGUUGUGCACCCACAUCGUCUACGGAUUCGCCGUCUUGGAUUACUCAGAACUGACUGUGAAGGCCCACGAUUCGUGGGCAGAUUACGAUAACCAUUUCUACGAACGCGUUGUCGCUUACAAGAAACGAGGACUGAAGGUACUGCUCGCGUUGGGCGGUUGGAACGAUUCCGCCGGGGACAAGUACAGUCGACUCGUGAACAGUCCAACAGCCAGGAAGAAAUUCAUCUCCCACGCCGUCCAAUUCCUGGAGAAGUAUGACUUCGACGGGCUGGACCUGGACUGGGAGUAUCCCGUCUGCUGGCAAGUCGAUUGCAAAAAGGGUCCACCCUCGGACAAACAAGGUUUUGCAGAUUUGCUCAGGGAGUUGAGCAGCGUGCUGAGACCGAAAGGAUUGUUGCUGAGUGCCGCGGUUUCGCCCAGCAAAAAAGUAAUCGACAAAGGUUACGAUGUUCCAGCGUUGGCGAAGUACUUGGACUGGAUCGCGGUGAUGACUUACGAUUUCCACGGUCAGUGGGACAAGAAAACUGGCCACGUGGCGCCGCUCUAUUACCACCCGGAGGACGACUAUUCUUACUUCAAUGCGAAUUUUUCGAUCAAUUAUUGGAUCAAGAAGGGCGCUCCUCGCCGAAACAUCGUCAUGGGAAUGCCACUGUACGGCCAAUCGUUUUCAAUAAACGAUCCAAGCGCGGGAACGGACCUGAACGCUCCAGCCAGCGCUGGACAAGCUGGAGAAUUCACGAGAGCAGCUGGAUUUCUGUCUUAUUAUGAAAUCUGCGACAGAAUACGGAAACGUGGGUGGACCGUCGUCCAGGACCCUCAGCGCAGAAUGGGCCCGUACGCUUACAAGGGCAAUCAAUGGGUCAGUUUCGAUGAUGCAGAGAUGAUAGAGCGAAAAGCUCAGUUCGUCAGAGAUAUGGGCCUGGGCGGUGGAAUGGUUUGGGCUUUGGACCUCGACGACUUCCGGGGACGUUGCGGAGAGGGGCCCCACCCGUUAAUGCACACGCUUCAAAGAGUGCUAUCGAAGGACUCCGACGAAGAAAAUGAAGCUUCGAAUCCGCCUAUAAUUCAGGAGGAAUUGGAUCAGACUUCAGAAACGAUGGCGCCCUCCACUGUUACGACACCGUCUACGCCGACAUCAACUUCAUCAGACUCGAUGCCGAACGAAGACGAGUUUAAAGUGAUAUGUUACUUCACAAACUGGGCCUGGUACCGACAAGAGGGAGGAAAAUUCUUGCCAGAGGACGUAGACACGAACUUAUGCACUCACGUCCUUUACGGCUUCGCUGUGCUCGAUGGAUCGCAGCUGAUGAUCAAGUCGCACGAUCCUUGGGCCGACAUAGAUAACAAAUUCUACGAGAGAAUAGCAGCGUUAAAAUCGAAGGGAAUAAAGGUGUUGAUGGCCAUCGGGGGUUGGAACGAUUCUGCUGGAGACAAAUACAGUCGUCUGGCGAACUCGCCGUCUGCGAGACGAAGAUUCAUAGAAAAUGUUAUACGGUUCAUCGAAAAGUAUGAUUUCGAAGGCUUGGACUUGGAUUGGGAAUAUCCAGUGUGUUGGCAGGUGAAUUGCAACAAGGGGCCAAAGUCAGACAAAGAAGGCUUCGCCAGUUUGGUGAAGGAAUUAAGCGAGGAAUUCCGGCCAAGAGGAUUGCUAUUGUCAGCGGCGGUUUCUCCAAGCAAACGUGUCAUCGACGAAGGUUACGAUGUACCUACCUUGGCAAAAUAUUUAGAUUGGAUAUCCGUCAUGACCUACGAUUAUCACGGCCAAUGGGAUAAGAAAACUGGUCACGUAGCGCCACUGUAUCAUUUACCUGGCGACUGGGAGCCGACCUUUAACGCGAAUUUCUCCAUACACUACUGGAUGGAAAAGGGUGCCCCAGCGAAGAAACUCGUAAUGGGCGCACCGUUGUACGGUCAGUCCUUCUCCUUGGCGGAAAGAAGCCAAAGGGGACUUAAUGCUCCCACUUAUGGCGGAGGGGAAGCUGGAGAAGCGACCAGAGCCAGAGGUUUCUUAUCAUAUUACGAAAUUUGUGAGAGAACGUUAAAGAAGGGCUGGACCGUGGUCCAAGACAAGGACAGACGCAUCGGCCCGUACGCCUUCAGGGGCGACCAAUGGGUGAGUUUCGAUGACUCGAAGCAGAUGAAACUGAAGGCAGAAUUAAUCAAGGACAUUGGUCUGGCUGGUGGCAUGGUUUGGGCUCUAGAUUUAGACGACUUCAAGAACAGAUGCGGCUGCGAACCGAGUCCACUUUUAAGGACCAUGAACAGAGUUCUGAGAAAUUAUCCUGACGGUCCAUUGUGUCCAGUAUCCACUGAAUUCACGACCAUCGAUGCCGGUGAGUCCAUCACAAAGCCAACGACUUCUGAGCAACCUGAUUGGGAGCCCACGACGACCACUUGGCCAACUUAUGUGCCACCAUCAUCAUCGUCAGUUCCUGAGGUCGACGACACCGUUGAGAUAGAAGCCGAUGAUCUGCCAGGAACUCCCUCGCACCAAGAUUGCCAAGGCCGUUUAUUUGUUCCCCACAAGAAGGAUUGCUCCAAGUAUUUCUUGUGCAAUUUCAACAGGCUCACCGAGUAUUCUUGCCCGUCUGGGCUUUAUUGGAACGAGGACCGCUGCGAUUGGCCAGAGAAUACUAAAUGCAAACAAAGGCAGGCAAGUUCGAACGAAUUCCUGCCUCUGAUCGCCGCCAAAGGAAACAAUGAAAAGAAAGUGAUUUGUUACCUGAUGAAAUGGGCGCGAAAGCGACCGAGAGAUGGACAAUUCUUGCCUGAAGAUGUCGACCCGGAUCUGUGCACGCAUAUUGUUUACGGUCUGGCCACGUUGGAUCCGGAACGAUUAACUAUACAGAAUCCCCAGGGUAGCAGGCAGAAAGAGUUCCUCGAGAAGAUAACGAACAUCAAAAGCAAGACUGGAUUGAAGGUUCUGCUGAGUCUGGGAGGCUGGGAGGAGUCCAAGGACGACAAAUUCAGCAGAGUAGCACACAGCUCGAUCGAACGACAAAGAUUCGCACGUCACGCCACACGUUUCGUCAUGAACCAUGGAUUCGACGGUCUGGAUCUUAUUUGGGAGUACCCAGUGUGCUGGCAGAUGGAUUGCAACCGUGGACCACCGAGCGACCGAGAAGCCUUUGCGCUCUUGCUGAAGGAACUGAACGCAGCGUUUCGGCCGAAAGGUUUGCUUCUGUCAGCCGCUGUGUCAGCGAGUAAGGACGUGAUCGACGUGGCUUAUGACGUGCCAGCGUUGGUGAAGUACUUGGACUGGAUCAGCGUGAUGAGCUACGACUAUCACGGCUCUUGGGAAACCAGAACAGGACACGUGGCACCGCUUUACAGUAAUCCAAACGACGAAACGAAUCAUUUGAACGCGAACUUCUCGAUGACGUAUUGGCUGGAGCGAGGAGUGCCAUCCAGAAAGCUCGUGAUGGGCAUAUCAGCUUAUGGACAGAGCUUCACGUUGUCCAAGACACCACAGCGAAAUGAAUUACCGGGUUUCAAUGUGCAAGCUUCUGGACCUGGUCAUCCGGGAGAAUUCACGAAAUCGGCUGGUAUCCUUGCCUACUACGAGAUAUGUAAUAACGCGAAGAACAGAGGAUGGUCUGUAACUAAAGUGCCCGGAGGUUUAGUUGGGCCUUACGCCACAAAGGACGAUCAGUGGGUCGGUUACGAUGACGUAUCCAUAGUACUCCAAAAGGCUGAAUUCAUAAACGAUCUGAACCUGGGUGGCGCGAUAAUGUGGUCUUUGGAUAUGGACGACUUCAGGGGUUGUUGCGGGGACGGCAGGUACCCCCUACUGACGGCGUUGAGUCAAGGGAUCAGAGGAAAUCGAGAUCUUAGGAUGGACUAUACUUGAGAAAGACGCGCGUGCCUCGAUAAAACACGCGAAUGGUUCACGGAUAAGAGUUCCCAUUAACAUUGCGUUCCACUUUCACGGAUCUCGCUAAAUCUUGGAUCGCUCGAGAAAGUAUCGGCUAGUGUAAACGCCGAUUCGCAUUGGGCAUUCCACGUGCCCAAUGGUCGGACAUUUUUAUAAAAUUUCUGUUGUCUCGGAACUCCAUCCAAUGGCGCAAAUACAAAUACGGAUCGACAUGUUUCAUUUUCCAAACAUUAAUCGGUUAACACGUUCGCUGCUGUACUGGUAAAAAUAACAAACUAUUUCUGGUGGACAUUUUGAUUUAAAGAAACUAUUUUACAAAUCAAUUACACACCUAUUUGUAAUUGAUUUAUAAGUAAGCCGCGCCCUAUACAUAGGGAGUAUCCUAACACGCGGGAAUCACUUCAGUGGUGGACAAAGGACACAAGAACAGUGAGAUUAGUUCAUAUAAACACGCGUACACUAUUUGAUCUUGUUCUCGAGUCGUGCCCAUUUUUGUACGCCGAUAAUUUCUAAUCACAAACUGACCCGCAUGUAACU